AUGCCAGAUAUGAAGAUAUGCUCUGACAUGUGCCUGUACUGUGGCCAAGUUCCUCUAAACAGCCGGAUCGUGGGAGGAGAGGACGCCCCUCCUGGCAAUUGGCCCUGGCAGGUCAGCAUCCAUUAUUAUUGGUAUGAACACCACAUCUGUGGAGGGACUCUCAUCAACAACCAAUGGGUGCUAACUGCUGCCCAUUGUAUUUGGAGAUCUGAUCCCGAUGUCUGGACUGUUUACCUGGGAAAGCAAAAUCUGAGCUCGACCGCUCCCAAUCCAAACGAAGUGAGACGCUAUGUCAACAAAGUCAUUGUACAUUCUGACUACUACAGCGAGCCCUAUGCCAACGACAUCGCUCUGAUGAAGCUUGAUAGGCCGGUUGACUUCACAUCCUAUAUCAGACCUGUCUGCCUGCCCUCCAACAUGAGCAGUUUCCACCACUCUACCACAUGCUGGGCUACCGGCUGGGGCACUGUGGGUUAUGGAGAUCCUCUUCCAGAUCCUGGGACACUGCAGGAAGUGAAGCUGCAGGUGGUGGGAAACAACGAGUGUAAUUGCAAAUUUCUGAACACGAUGUUGGGUGACGUCAUUCUGCCCACCAUGAUGUGUGCCGGUGGGAAGGAGGGGAAAGCUGUUAUUAUUGACAACGCCACUCUCAUUUGUUAG